AUGAUGAAGUUUAAGCCCAACCAGACCAGGACGUACGACGGCGAAGGGUUCAAGAGGAGAGCUGCGUGUUUGUGCUUCAGAAACGACACGGAGGACGAGGUGCUGCUGGUGAGCAGCAGUCGACAUCCAGACCAAUGGAUCGUGCCGGGAGGAGGAAUGGAGCCUGACGAGGAGCCCUGUGGAGCCGCCGUCAGGGAGGUGUACGAAGAGGCUGGUGUGAAGGGAAAGCUCGGCAGACUACUUGGGAUUUUUGAGCACAAUCAGGACAGAAAGCACAGGACGUACGUCUAUACCCUCAUAGUGACGGAGAUGCUGGAGGACUGGGAGGACUCCGUCAACAUCGGAAGGAAGAGGAAAUGGUUCAAGGUGGACGAAGCCAUCAGGGUGCUGCAGAGCCACAAACCCGUCCACGCAGAGUAUCUACGCAGACUCACGGACACCUGCAAUCCCACCUGCAGCCCGACUAACGGCAACGCCCCGAGCUCCCAAGUGACGGACAACAACGCACCUCACUGCGUCGUCUGCUCCACGCAGGGCUCAGAUCUGGUCAACAGAUAGGAGCAUCACCAGCAGCAGCAGAGAGGACAUAUGAGCCGAGAAAGACUUUGAUCACACGACUAACGCAGCCUCUUCAUGUGUACAGUACGAACUUCUUGGAACCGAGUUGAAGCGGGAGUGAAGAAGAGUGCCAAAAAAAAUGUUUUCCAAACUGUAUUUAAGAGUUUUUAUGUGUAUUUUUUAACAACCGUCACCAGCUAAUAGAGCAAACGCAUCUCUUUAAAGCAUUCAGCUGUAGAUGGAUCCUCUCGGUGUGCUGCUUAUGCAAUCUUUGGGUCCUCUUUAGUCUUACGUGCUGAAUAUUUGACUGGCAGUGCACACAGUGUGUUGGUGGUUUCCUGGAGGCCGACACUGGGAAGUGUUGGCUCUCAGAGGAAGCCCUUUUCCCACAGUGACUCAGUGCCAAAUAAUGUCCUUCUGCAAGAAGAGUAGCUACAAGUGUGUGGAUCUUUUUAUUACAAUUCAGCAUUUAGUGGAUUGUUUUUUUUUUUGUUUGGGAGGGUUAAAACUUUGGGUUAUCUUGCUGUAGGUUAUGAAGAAUUUAGCGUACAGAGAGUUGGGGUAAAGUCUACUUCGAUGCAACAAGUGUGAACAGCGUUGCUCCGCCUGUAAUUACCACCGUUAAAGUGCACACAGUAUCAUCUCUAAUCACUGGUAACAUUGAACUCUGUAAUAAAGAUUAGGGAGAAUAUCUGCACACCGCCCACCACGCUGAAACGAAGCCUUAAAUAGCCCCGCCUCAGACGUCUAAUGAGUAUAAAAUGUUGUCGGUUUAUGGUGUGAAACUGUAAAACUGAGCGAGUUACAGAAGACGUGAGCUUUUCUGUAGUGAAACAAAACAGCAGACAGCCAAAGAAAGACACUAAACACAUACUGUAUCUGGAUCGUAUAGCACAGAGGACGUUUCUCAAUCGCACAUCCUCGGAAGUGCAUUUGUGGAGACGAUACGGAGGCCUUGGUUUUAUAGGAAAGUUUCUUCUGAUUCUUUUAAGUGCCUUCACAAACAGUAAAUUAUGUUUAAUCUUCACCUCACAGCAUUGACUUGAAGCACUACAAACAGCCUUUUUUUGAAAACAAUUUUGUGGGUUGGAUCUGAACUGUAGGAUGUAAAUGUUGGUUUGUUGUUCCACGUGAAUGUACAGCGUUUAGAGUGAAUUUAUUUAUUUAUGUUUCAUUGGGAAAUACCCCCCUGUUACCACGGUCGGUGUGUAGACCAGACUUUUUUUUUUUUUUUUUUUUUUAAAAAUCUUAAAAAAAAAAAAAAAAAGUGGUGCAAAUUAGGUGACAAAUUCACAGAUUUUGACUGACUGACAUAAAUGGGAAAGAUCACCAUUUUUCUAAUUGUGCAUGUGUGACUGGAAUAUUCUGCUGUGCACCAUUAUGUUGUAUAUAAAACAUUUAAAUAAAUAAAAAUUACAGUUCCCACA